AUGAAAAAGCUCUGCAGCAAAGGCAAGGUGCACCCUUCACCACCAUCACCAACCAUCGCCGAUCACUUGUCUUUGCUUCCUGCUACGAUUCUCAGCCUCACCGCCGCACUCUCUCUCGAAGACAAAGAAGUCUUGGCCUAUCUCAUCUCAUGUUGCAGCUCCUCUGCCACCAGCAGCAACUACUUCCCCUGUCACCGGGGAACUACAAGCAAGAGUAUAAUUGAUGUUGGCGGUGAUAACAAGGAGCAUGAUCCUACGUUUAAAUGCAACUGUUUUGGGUGUUACAUGUGUUUUUGGGCACGUUGGGACACAUCCCCAAACCGUCAGCUGAUACAUGAGAUUAUCGAGGCAUACGAGGAAGGGUUGUUCCAAGAGAAGAAACAAGUUAAGAAGAACAAGAAAGGAAGGAGAAAGAGAGUUUGUAUUCAAGAUGCCAAGCAUGGAAACGAUCAGGGAAGUUCUGGGAAGCGAUCGGUUAACUUGAAUGAGCGAUUGGAAUUUGUGGAAAUGAAUUGCCGAGGUGGUGAAGAAGGGGAAGUAGAAUUCGAAAGGGGUUCUAUCAGGAAGAUUGUAAGCUACAUCGGAGACAGUAUUUGGGGAGUUUGGAAUAGAAAUUAA